AUGUCUUCGAUAGCUAGACUUCGUGCCCUGCGCACCUCCGCCAAUGCGGCCCUGCCCCAGAGAGGGCGAAGAUGGCAGUCAACAGCAUCAUCCGACUCUCCAGAGCCGCUAAAAUCCAUCCUGAUCGCCAAUCGUGGUGAGAUCGCCUUGCGUGUAGGACGUACAGCGUCCCAGUAUGGAAUUCGAACAACCACGCUAUAUACAGACCCAGACCGACAUGCCCAACACGCUCUAUCCUCUCCUUUCGCCGUCAAUCUAGGAAGUACUGACCAAUACCUCAACGGUAAUCGUAUCAUCCAAGUCGCUAAAGAGAACGGCUGUCAAGCUAUUCACCCUGGAUAUGGUUUCCUGUCCGAGAAUGCUGCCUUUGCCAAAGCUUGCACCGACGCAGGCGUUAAGUUCAUCGGUCCACCGUGGAAAGCAAUCGAGUCCAUGGGCGACAAGAGUCGCAGCAAGGAGAUCAUGACUGAGGCUGGAGUGCCUUGUAUUCCAGGCUAUCAUGGCUCUAAUCAAGAUCCAAAGCAUCUCGAAACAGCGGCAGAGGAGGUCGGGUACCCAGUCUUGCUAAAAGCUGUCAAGGGUGGCGGCGGGAAAGGAAUGCGCAUUGUCAUGAAGCCCGAUGAGUUUAAUCAACAACUGGAGUCUGCAAAAUCCGAGGCUUGGUCCUCCUUCGGAGACGACGUGAUGCUCGUAGAAAAGUACAUCACAACGCCACGACAUAUCGAGGUACAGAUCUUUGCCGACAGGCACGGUAACUGUGUCGCUCUUGGAGAGCGCGACUGCAGUAUCCAACGGAGACACCAAAAGAUCCUCGAGGAGUCGCCUGCUCCCAAUCUGCCCGAAGACAUUCGCCAAGAUCUGUGGGAGAAAGCUCGGCAAGCUGCGCUGGCUGUAGGAUACGAAGGCGCUGGCACGGUGGAGUUCAUCUUCGAUAAUGACACCGGUCACUUCUUCUUCAUGGAGAUGAAUACGCGACUGCAGGUCGAACAUCCAGUAACGGAGAUGGUGACUGGCGAGGACUUGGUUCGGUGGCAAAUUGUCGUGGCUGAAGGUGGAAAGCUUCCUCUCACUCAAGCAGAGGUUGAGGAGCAAAUCAAGAGCAGAGGCCACGCCAUCGAAGCCCGAAUCUACGCGGAGGAUCCGACGAUGAACUUCAUCCCCUCCACUGGAAAGCUCUUGCAUCUGCGAACGCCAGUCGAGGUGGACGGUGUUCGCAUUGACGCCGGUUUUGUGGAAGGAGACGAGGUCUCCAGCCACUACGACCCAAUGAUUGCUAAACUGAUUGUCAGUGGACCAGACCGAACAGCUGCGUUACAGAAGAUGGUUGUGGCUCUUGAGCAAUACGAAAUUGCCGGCCCAGUGACUAAUAUAGACUUUGUCAAGAAAGUUUGUCAGAGCGCAGACUUUAUCGCCGGAGAUGUGGAGACAGGAUACAUCCCAAAGCAUCACGGUGAACUUUUUCAGGAGCAAGCAAUCGAUACCGAGGUUUGGGCGCAGGCAGCGAUAGGUCUGUUCGAGGUGGAACAAUCAUCACGCUCGAGCAGCGCUCCUGUUCAGCCACUGCAAACCAUCGGGUUUGGCAAUGCGCCUCAGCAUAGAGAAUUCCACCUUGUCAAGACCUCCACAGAUUCGCAGAAGACGAACAAGCCGGCCCUCGUUCGCGUUUUGAAAACAGCGCCGGAGACGUACAAGAUCAGCGUGAAUGAUCAAGACUUUACAACUACAAGUACUUUCGACCCGGCGUCCCACACGCUGACUUCCUACUUCCCGCACACCCGACUGAACACCAAAAUCAUCCGCGAUCCAGAAACAAACAACUUGACGCUCUUCCAACAAGGACAGCAGUACAACAUCCACCUCGCGAUCCCCAAAUUUCUGGAAAAGGUACUAGGAAAGGUAGACGUGGCGAAUAGCGUGCUCGCACCCAUGCCAUGCAAAGUACUCCGAGUCGAAGUGCAAGAAGGCCAACACGUCAAGAAGAACCAAGCCUUGGUCGUGAUCGAGAGCAUGAAGAUGGAAACUGUCAUCCGCUCUCCGCAAGACGGAACCGUCAGCAGAGUCGUGCACAGAGCGGGAGAUGUCGUGAAAGCCGGCACAGGCUUGGUGGAAUUUGAAGGAGGCGAGCAAGAAAAGCCAUGA